CUAAAAUGUCAGACAAAAGUGAUCUCCCUGCAACUUUUGAUCCCUACGACUGCCUUCAGAUUGUCCUCAACCCCGAUGGCACGCUCACUCGCAAACACGGUUUACUAUCAGACGCCACCGCCACAUCCGAUCCUUCUCACCACACUAUUCCUUCUAAAGACAUCUCUAUCAACCAAUCAAACAACGUUGGAGUUCGCCUAUACCUUCCCCGUCAAGCACUUGAGUCUUCCUCCUCCUCUACCUCCAAGCUCCCUCUCAUCGUUUACUAUCACGGUGGGGGCUUCAUCAUUGGCAGCGUAGCCGCCGCUGUUUUCCACAAUUUUUGUUCAAACGUGGCUCUUGAAUUCCCCGCCAUCGUUCUAUCAGUCAAGUAUCGGCUUGCCCCUGAGCACCGUCUCCCGGCGGCUUAUGAAGACGCCAUGGAAGCCCUGCACUGGAUCAAAACUAGUCAAGAAUUAAAAGGCUAUGCCGAUUUAUCUUCAUGUUUCUUAAUGGGCAGCAGUGCCGGUGGUAACAUUGUGUAUCAUGUCGGCAUACAAGCCGCUUCUAAAGCUGACGACUUGUUUCCAUUGAAGAUCAAAGGGCUGAUACUUCAUCAACCUUUCAUCGGCGGGGUUAAGAGGACUGAGUCAGAGUUGAGGUUGAUGAAUAAUCCAGUUUUUCCAUUAUCUGUUAGUGAUUUAAUGUGGGAAUUAUCGUUGCCACAAGGGGUUGACCGUGACCAUGAGUAUUCCAAUCCAGCGGUGGGGGGUGACUCAAAGGCCUUAGACCAAAUCGGGCGGAAAGAAUGGAAGGUGUUGAUUACAGGGUGGACUGGGGACCCAAUGAUUGACCGUCAGAUUGAGUUGGUGAAAAUCAUGGAGCAAAAGGGUGUAAAAGUGAAAAGUCAAUUCUGUGAAGGCGGCUGUCAUGGCGUAGACCUUGUCGAUGCUACCAAGACCAAGGACCUGCUAAUAAUCCUAAAAAAUUUCGUUCUGUCUUGAGCAACUUUGUAUUUUACUAAAAAAUUAUGUAGUAUGCUUGUGCUUGGUACCACUGCCUAAUGAAGGUUAAUUGAUAUUUUGUGGUAUGCUUAAAUUUUUUUUUUAAUAUAUUUGCCUAGGCAGCCAUGCCUAGGGUUAAUUCAUAUU